AUGACAUUGUAUGAAGAUAAUAACUCAUUUUUAAAUGCGCUAACCAAGCUGUAUCAAUCAAAGAGAGCAAGCGGAAGUGUUUGGGUUACAGUAAAGAGAUAUAUACCUGCAGAUAAAAAAGGAGAAGACAAAGUACCAGAGCACGAAAAAGAACCAAAAUGUUUAAUUAGAGCCACAGAUGGUUAUAAAAAAAAGAUUUCAACAGUAGUAGGUGUUGAGAGAAAGACUAGAAUUAAUUGA